CAAAGAACCGAUAGACAGUAGCCACCGAAUGACAUGUUUGCGCUGUUGUCAGGGCGGGACGAGACCUCCAGGUUUAUUAUAAGAGAGAGAUCGGUGCUGUAGAACAUCACGUGGCCGCGCAUGACACCCACGGCUAGUAGAGAAAGUUACUGCUAGAGGUAGGGUAGAAGGGGCGAGAGGAAUUUAUCAUAUCGACCUAAUAGUGCAUCGGCAGGCAUCAGGCAGUGAGUUAUGAGGAAUUGACUGAGUACGUGCAAUUCGUACUCCAACAACUUCUUUGCAUAAGGUGCUCAGAGAACAUUGCAAAAGGAGGCACAGGACCAACCUGCAUUAGGAAAACAGAUUCUAAUUCAUUAAAAUAUAAAGUCUGACUAGAGGGACCAUAUCAAUUGGACACAGGCGUGCUAGUAAAGCAUUUGUUUGUAUAUGUUAUUAUUAGCGAGGCUUAUUUAUCAGUGCUUAGUGUAUUUGCUUUUUUUAUUUGAAAAAAAAAAAAAAAAACCUUGAUCUGAAAACAUAACUGGAUGCCUAUACAGUUUCGGCAAAGGUGAAUGAGUGAACUACCAGCACUAGGGUGGUUUAUACAACCAGUGAGCGUUGUAUAAGCGUUGUAUAUUCACACGCCGAGCUACCCUUUAAUCAAAGAGAGCUUAGCCAAACUGACCAGUCACCUGCAAGCCCACACGUGACCUGCUGCCAGGAUUUCCACUACGUCGCCUUGAAAUGAGGACCUCAUCCGAAAACCGGGCUUUCUAAAAACAGCAAUUAUUAUUUUACAGAUUUUGUUUCCCGUCACAAAGAGAAACCUCGCGUUUUGCAGUAACAAUGGAUAUGCGCAAAAACUACAGUUCAUCUAAAAUGACAGUUUUGACAAAGAUCACCAAAGUUCGAAAGAGGAGAGAGAUGCUUUUUCUCCAGGUCUGCAUUAUCUGCAGUAUACUGUUUGUCGCGUGGUGCAUGUCAACGUUACUGUCAAAGAUGGGUCUUAAUACACCUGCAGUAGAAAGACAGACGGCUUCUGAACGAUGGGGGAACAGAAAGUUGAUGGCGAUGGACAUGAAAAAUGAAACGCUCCUCCCCAAGAACUGCACAGAACCAGCUAUCCGUGAAUUUCCAGAAGAUAUAUUCACAAACCAGCAGAGACAACGCGGGGGUGUGCUGCUUCAUAUAUUUGCCGCCCUCUACAUGUUCUUUGCCUUGGCCAUUAUUUGUGAUGACUUCUUUGUUCCAUCGUUGGAACAAAUCUGUGAGAAACUCCACCUGAGUGAAGAUGUAGCUGGGGCCACUUUCAUGGCUGCUGGGAGUUCAGCACCAGAGCUCUUCGCUUCAGUCAUAGGUGUCUUCAUCACCCAUGGGGAUGUGGGCGUAGGAACCAUUGUUGGCUCAGCAGUAUUCAACAUUUUGUGCAUAAUUGGUGUCUGUGGAAUUUUUGCAGGGCAGGUCGUUGUGCUCACGUGGUGGUCCGUGUUUCGAGAUUCACUUUACUACACUUUCUCAGUGCUGGCACUAAUUGCGUGUAUUUACGAUGAACAAAUUGACUGGUGGGAAGCCCUGAUUCUCAUUCUCAUGUAUGCUGGCUACAUACUAAUCAUGAAAUUUAACACAAGUUUGCAGAUUUUUUUCACUGCCAAGGUGGGGAAGAACAUGGCCAACGGUGGCACAGUGAGCAACGAAACGGAGGAUGGUAAUGCUUGUUAUGACAUUAGGUGGGAUGACCCAUCACUGCCAUUGCUGAGGAAAGUGAAAAUGAGGAAGACAUACAGCAAGAACUCUGUCGUGAUGGUGGAUGAGAUCAUCUGCUCCACCCCUCCCAAGUUAAGAUUCCCUGAAGCAGGCCUGCGAAUCAUGAUCACCAACCACUUCGGACCCAAGACAAGAUUACGCAUGGCGAGCAGGUUAAUCAUUAACGAGCGUCAGAGGCUGGUCCAGGCUGCCAGUGAGGUGGAUAAUGGAGAUUUGGAUGGGAAGCACGACAGCAUAGAAAAUGGAAAUGUUCCCGAGGAUAAACAAGGCGAGGGUGAUGAGCCUGACCUGAGCUCUCCAUUUUCUAUACCAGCUGGUUGCAUGAAUAAAGUGAAGUGGCUCUUCUCUUGGCCAGUGCUUUUCCUGCUGUAUUUCACUGUCCCCAAUUGCGCAAAGCCCAGAUGGGAGAAAUACUUCAUGCUUAGUUUCAUUCUGUCCACAGUGUGGAUCGCUGUCUUCUCCUACUUUAUGGUCUGGAUGGUGACCGUGAUUGGUUACACCCUUGGCAUCCCAGAUGUUAUCAUGGGCAUCACGUUUCUGGCAGCAGGAACCAGUGUGCCAGACUGCAUGGCUAGUUUGAUCGUUGCCCGACAAGGUCUUGGGGAUAUGGCAGUCUCUAACACAAUAGGAAGCAACGUAUUUGAUAUUUUGAUUGGCCUUGGUCUGCCAUGGGGUUUGCAGACAAUGGUUGUGCAGUAUGGAUCAAUUGUUAAAAUCAACAGCAGAGGUCUGGUGUAUUCAGUGGUACUAUUAUUGGGAUCUGUUGGCCUUACGGUAAUGGCCGUGCAUAUUAACAAGUGGAAGCUGGACAAAAAGCUGGGGGUGUACGUGCUGGUUCUAUACGCCGUAUUCCUGUGCUUCUCCGUCAUGAUAGAGUUCAACGUGUUCACCUUCGUCAACCUGCCAAUGUGCCGAGAGGACAUUUAACCAGCCAGUCCCAGGAGGAGGGGGGUUGGACUGUUAAAAGGCUUUUCAUGGCCCUGUAUUGUUUCACUUUUUCUACAUUCCCUCUAUCGCAACACCGCUUGUUGCAUUGCUCAUAAACUGCCAGUGUGAGUCUGAUAUGUUUUGUUUUUCAUUGGGCUUGGCAGGCAUCUAUGGAAGCAAAAGUUUGCAUUUCAUUUUUCAGCGCCUCUCUCCUCCUCUACUUCUCUCUUCUUUCACUCCCUCCCUUUUUACACGUGCCCAGGCAGCCGUGAAACCGCUGUGUUCAACUCCAGAACUUUUUCAUUUCUUUUUUGUACACCAAUGUUUUCUCAUUUGGUGGCCAUCAUUCUUUCUAAUUUGAAAUGCAAUUAAUUACAUUACAUCAACGUCAAGGAGCCAUGUAGCAUGAAAUAUUUCCAAUUACAGCUGCUUCUACGCCUAUCAGCAGAGAGGUGAUUUCUUGUUUUUUGUAUGCCUUGAAGUGCUUAGGAUGUAUACGUUCUGUCAAGCUGUGAAAGGGAACUUGAUGGUUCUUCUGAAUGACAGAACAGAUUAGUAAAAUGACCGGAAAAAAAAAGGUGAUGUAUCCAAGUUUAUAAUGUGCCAUUCCACGUGGGAUUUAUGGAUACAGUACCUAGCAACGUAUGUUGAUAGAUAAAAAAAAAAACUUUGUACAAAUUGCAAUCCUUUUUAUAAAUCGUACUCCUGCAUAUUAUCCUACUGUUUGAGGCAGUGCGUUUUUCUGAAGCAGCUUGUUGAAAACUAAUUUUCUUUUGGUUUGGGACACAUUCCAGUUCUUCCUUGAGUGGUGCAAUAUAAGUUAUGUGGUUUGUCACAAUCUAACUUACCAAACUUGAAAGUGCUCCCCUGAACAUUUACAGGUAAAGCAGGAAUCAAAAAUUAAGAAGACCAUAUCCUUUUAUUUGUUUACUUUUCUUUAAUUUGGCAGUCAGACUCGGACUCGAGAGGAAACACGCACACAAGGACACUUUAAUGCAGGAAAGAAUUAACCGCUUAUGGAAAGGGAGGCUGCUAUUUAUUUUCUUUAAUACUCCUAAGACAAUCAACUGGAUACAUUGUGAGCCUCCCUUUUGGUGAAUGCCAUAAGAGAUUCAAAAUUACCUCCCAGGAUGCACCAUGUUUAAUUCUGAGGGCACACCACAAGGAUACCUGGGAGACCACACCACAAUGACUGAGCUUGGGGAGGGAGGGGGCUGGUCAGUCCCCAAAAUGUUUGUAAUUACCAAUGCGUGACCCAAGUCUUACAUUCGAAUGAAGAAUAUACUCCCAGGGAUGUCUGAUUUGUCUGUGUGGUGAAGCUGAGAACUGUUAUUCUACCUAUAGUAGGAAGGAAUAAAUGUAUGUUCCACUCAAGGGUUUGUAACAAUGAUGGUAUACAUGGAAUAUGGACAUGAUCUUCAAUUACUCCUAACGGUACAGUUUAUUUAUUAAUUUAUUUCAACCAGAUAAUGUCCAGUGCACAUAAGACAACACUUCUCUCAGACUUUACAUAGUGGAGGAAAAACAUUUAACUGGUUGAAAAAUGAUCCUUUAGGGGUUCUUGAGAAGGCUGACAACCACCAAGCUGGGGGCAUAAGCUUUCAGAGUUCAGAUUGCUCUCUUUAUCCAGGUUCUCUGUUUUGUGGUGCCAUUUUCAAUCGAGAGCUUUUAGAUCACAUCCCUGGCAUGCGGAGUUGGAGAGUGCUCUAUUGGCCUCCCGCUUAAUUGUAUUUCUACCAUGCCCAUUGCAGUGCUGCUGGCAGCUUUACAUGUCUUCAGAAAAUCUGGAGAAACUUUCAACCAAUAUACAAAAUUGCUAGGGACUUUGAAAUAAGGCUUAGGCUUUUACCUAUCCUAUCUGUAGGAGAUAUAUUGACAUACACAAUA